GAAAAGUGAAACGGGAAUGGUCGUGAGAGCUACACGUAUGAUGUCCUUGAUGCCUUAAAAGCGACCCUGACUCCGAGAGAGAGGCGAAGCGUAGGAGACGACACGGGAAGCUAUUUGGAAAAAUGGAGGUAGAGGAGGCCAAAAUCUUGCUCGGCUUUCCUCCUGGUUCUCGUCCCGAUCCUUCUCAGGUAAAAGCUGCUUACCGGAAGAAAGUAUGGGAAUCGCAUCCUGACCUAUUUCCAGAUGACCAGAAGAUCCAUGCCGAGUCUUUGUUCAAAUCGAUAUCUGAAGCUUACUCUUGCCUUGACUCUGGUGGUGUUAGGGAUCAAAGAUAUUAUAGAGCAGGCGCGUAUUCGAGGGUCGUCAGGACUGGAGUUCCAAGGGCACAUGCAUCUGCCAAAAGAGGUAACCCUUGGUUGAUCGGCGCACCUUUCCUUUUGAUCGUCUUAGGAACCAUUGGACUUGGUGGAGUCAAAGCUAACAGGGCUUAUAAUCUGCAAAAACAGACGUUCCCGUCUCACAAUCCUUUUCUUCCUUGAUUCGGAGUCUCUUACAACAUCACAUUUUGAAUAAUUGGUGACUGUAAGCCUUGUAUUAUUGUACUUGAUACUGUAUGUAAAAAUUAUGAUGUUAUGAAUUUCUCAAAAGAUUAAAUACACCUAAUAAUUCUUUC